AUGUCAACCCAGCUAGCAAGCCCGUGGUGCAAAAGAGACGCAACUUUGCUCAUUGAAGAGGUCUCCUACUCGGAAUUGCUCCUAUCUGCCGGUUUCAUUGAAGAGGUCUCCUACGCGGAAUGGCUGGCUAACGUUGUUCUGGUGGCGAAACAAGAAAAGGGAAAAUGGAGAGUAUGCGUUGAUUACACCGACCUCAACAAAGUGUGCCCUAAAGACAACUUCCCAUUGCCGAGAAUCGACCAGCUCGUGGAUUCAACUUCCGGCAACCAGCUGCUCAGCUUCAUGGAUGCUUACUCCGGCUAUAAUCAAAUUAUGAUGUACGAUGAUGACAAGGCGAAGACCUCUUUCAUCAUCGAAAGAGGGACCUAUUGCUACAAGGUCAUGCCCUUUGGGCUGAACAACGCAUGA